GAUAAACACAAUGGAUUGCAAAAGAACUCAACGAUAUAUAACAGGGAGUUGAUUUUUUCAUUUCAGUAUUGUUGUUAAUCCCACAAGUGUUGGGUGUUUUUUGCUAGUGCUAGUGCCGAAUUUAUUUCAAGCGAUGGAUCGCAAAAUUAUUACGAAGAUCAUAUUCUUCACUUUUAUUUGCAAUGGAUUUUGUGGGAUUGCUAAUGAUCAGACUGCUCAAGCGAACGCGCCACUGAAUAGUUAUGGGACUCCCAAUUAUGAUGCCAACGAUUAUGAUAACCAUCACGAGAACGGCAAGCCAAAAGCAUACGAAUUCGGGUAUCAAGUUAAAGACGACUACUCUGGAAAUGAUUACAACCGUCAAGAAGUGAGCGACGGCAAUCAAGUACGAGGUGAAUACAGGGUGGCUCUGCCUGAUGGAAGAACACAAAUUGUUACAUACUGGGCCGAUUGGCAGAGUGGAUUCCAUGCUGAUGUGAGAUACGAGGGCGAAGCAAGAUAUCCAGACCAAUACAACAACAAUAAUAACCAAGGCUAUAACUAUCAAAAUGGCUACAAUCAACAACAAAAUGCUUAUCCGGCUCCUGCAGGAAUCAAUAACGAUGCAUAUAAUAUCAACAAUGACUACUCUGGAUCCCAAGAUGGUGGAUAUAACAAUGGUUAUAAUGGAUAUAGUCAAAAACCCAGGUAUAGAAACGGAUAUGGUAGUUGAAUAUCGAACAAUUCUCGAAUCUAAUUGUUUCUCAUCAUUUGCCUGUGCCUGCUGUAUAU